AUGAUCUCUUCUUCGGACUCAACAACAAAUAUUGAUUCAACGAAUAGCAAUGCAGAUAAUGACAACACAAUAUCCACUAUCACCACUAACAUCAAGAAAAUUCAAUUGGUGAGUGGUGAAGAGAGAAAUGAAAUUCAAAAACAAAUGGACUCUCUCUAUGAAGAUAUUGAAGUUGUAAGCAACAGUCCGAAUAGCACCAAUAGUAGUAGUAGUAGUAGCAUUCCUAUUAUCGGCUCUAAUACUUCUGGAGAAUUAAAUUCUAUCGCUACAUCAAGUCGAGAGCAGCACUCGACACGAACACGCUCUCCGAUCGGAUAUGAUAAUUAUUUUGAAGGACACCAUCACCACACUUCAUCAUCCUCUCCUCCAACAAUCGGAUCAUACAGUUUUAACAAUGGUUACAAUAGAGUUCCAAGUGAAUCUCACCUUGGAUCGAGUAGCAAUGAUCAUCACGUAAAUGGGGAGAACCUUUUAAAAACAAGAUACAAUUCUGAACCAAAUUUAAAAUUGGAUAAGGAGGCUCUGGAUCAUUUGAGAUUUAUUCAAUCGAUGAAUUUUAGCCAGAACUUUGCUUCUAUUGUGAACGACCCUCUUGAGGAGAGCUCGUGGAUUGACGCAAUUGGAGAUUACUAUUGGUAUGGAGAAAAAGAGAAAGUUAUUCCUUCAGCAAAAUUACCCUAUAUCGAUUUAAAUGAUAAGGAAAUUUCUUCGUAUUUGAACAAAAUAGAAGGCUUAUACAAAAAUUUUGAAAAAAACAAAGCUAAACCAACAAUUCCCGCACAAUACUAUGAGUCUGAAUUAGAGAGUGCAAAUGCUAUGGAUAUUAUCAUAAAUCGAGAGCUUAUUCCACCUAUUUUCUUUGAAGAAGGUUUUAACCUGGGAGAUAUUGCAACCUUUCAACAAAUAUUUUCUGAAGAGGCAAUGUCGGCUUCGUUACUUUUUCAAGAAAAGCUGUCACAUUAUUUAGACAGGACCGAAGUUCUCUUGAUACAUCAAGUGACGUUCAGAUCCGCUAAAAUUUUCGAUGCUUUUGUGCAAUAUAAUCAACUGGAUGAUGACGUCAAGGAAGCACUUCCACUUAUCAAAAGCCUGCGAAGCAAAAUUAAGGAAAUAGAUGAUAUUGCAGCUAAAAGCCCGUUAGAAAUUACGGCACUAGUCAGAAAGAAAAACAACAUGAAAAAAACACUAGAAGUUUUGAAAGUUGUUUAUGCAAUUCAACAGAGCCAUCUCAUGAUCGACGAAUUAAUUGGAAGUAAUGAUUUUUUAUCUGCUCUUGAUAUUAUUAAUGAAACUAGGGAGCUCGUUCGAACAGAAUUUGCCAACGUGAAAUGUUUGAGAAACAUUCCUGAAAGAAUGCAGGAAAAGAUUGUUGAGAUACAGUCGAAAGCUCAAAAUUUAUUCAUAACAAAAUUAAUAGAGAAUUAUUUAUUUAUUUUUGAACCUCCAGCCAGUUACAAUGACGCAGAAUAUUUAUCAACAUUUGAAAGUGAUUUGAGGCCAAUCAUGAAAGCCAUGCUAAUCAUUUGUGAUACUCAAUUUAUAGUUCAGCGAUACCGUGACAAGUUAAUGCCAUUCAUAAAUGAAAGGAUAACGUCAACAAUUGAUAAGACGUUGGAUGGUAUGAAGAUUACAUUUUCGAACGCAUCUGUAUCUAUCGCCAUCGACCAAAACGCUUCUAGGUAUCUCAACUCCAAAACGAUACAGGUUCUAAAGUCAAUACCUAUGGAUCAAUUCAUCACUGUCCUUUCUGCAAUCAUUGACAAGUCUAUUACAUUUUUGAAGAGAAGCGUUGAGAUUGUUACAAUUUUUCAUACUUUAUUUGAGAACGUUGAGGCAAUGCAAAAGGUGAAAGCAUCGAAUAUGUUGAAAGAAUUUGACAAAAUCAACACCUCCCUGAACGAACAAAUCCAUUCAAGGCUCUCAAUUAUUGUGUCACUUAGAGGAGAUAUUGUCAAGUCCAGUACCAAAUCUGAAUUGCUGAAAUUUAUGGAAAUGUGCUUUAACUUUAUUGAAACUGCAGAAAAAUUUGUUGGAAAAAAGGUGAAUCUUUUGAGAGGAUCUCUUCAAGCUGUAGGCCAAACUUUUUUGGAUGAAUUCAGCAAGCAACAUGUAGAAACACUAAAAUCAAUUUUGGAAAAGGAAACAUGGGUGUGGGUCGAGAACAUUCAACCCAAAUAUCAAGAUAUUGUAAAUAGUAUACAAAAUCAGGACAAGACAACAGAGAAGGUUGUUGCUACAACAAAUUCUGCUUCCAACAAUGACAGCAAUGCUUCCACGGAGACAAGCGCCAUGAAAUAUAUCACUGUGAAAGGAGAGCUUUUUCCCGUGUGCUCGAGUUUGUUGCAUUUGGUGAAAAUGACAAGGAAUUUUCUGGAAUUACUUUCUGUAGAACAUCAAAAGUUUGUCAGCAGCUAUGAUUUGAGCGCAAGAAUUUGCAAUUUAUAUGGAGUGUUUAAUGUGGAGGUGAAAAAUCUCAUUUUGAAAGCAGGAGCGAUUAAUCCUAAAAGUGGUUUAAAGACAAUCACUGCCAAGCAUUUAGCGUUGACGUCUGAAGUUAUGGGAGCAGUGACUCUUCUAUUACUGGAAGUUAAGAAAUAUAUUGAAAACAUAGAGCCUUCUCUAAAGGGAAAAUUACUGAAAUUCGAAGAUAUAGCAACGGAUUUAAAGGAGCAUCGACUUGCCCUAUACCAAAAAGUUGUGGAUAUCAUGAAAGAUGUUCUCGAGAAUCAUGGCAAAGAUUUUGUAAAGUUUGAUUGGGACAAUGGCCCACGAAAGGACUCUCCUUUGAAUGCCAUUAUUAAGGCCAUGCUCUCCAUCCACAAAGUUCUCACUUCCUAUUUACAGACACAUCAGAACGACUUGCGAAAGGUUUUCUCUCGAAUUGCUACCAUGUGCAUUAACAGAAUGAAGAUUGGUAUUCAAUCUCUACAGAAUAAGGUUUCCAGAAAGGCCAUUAAAAACAUUAGAGAAGAUGUAUCAACAGUCACCAAACAACUACAGAAAUGGUCAGAUGUGAUUUAUGAUGAUAUUAAUUUGAAUGAAAUCGAGAAUUGUUUCAAUGAGUGCUUUGUACCUGCGAGUGCAGUACCGAAUACCUCAACACCACCACAAACUCAACAAACACCAGUGACAACCACGUCAUCAAAUGCAACAACCAACAGUGGAAGUGAGAGCGCUACGUCCAGUAAUAAAUAA